GCUUUAUUUAGUGACCCUGGGAUAACCUGAUAAAAGACCCAAGGACGGCAAACGUGUUGGGCAACGUUUGUUGAGCAAGCACGGAGUUGGUCGUGACGGGGAACGGGGACGCCAAGAAGGGUAGGAAAGGUUGCCUCACGUGACUCGGAGCCGACCGAGACGACCAAGACCGAGCCAACCGAGCCAAGACCCCGAAAGGCUACAAGACCCCCAAAGGCUACGAGAUAACCUCCUUGGGAUAACUCAAUACGCUCCCUGGGUGCAGAUCCUAAUCUGAUUCGUCUCGAACAGCCCGCUUCAAGAGGGACCGAACCCGAGCGGAGAACCGAGCAACCAGCGGGCCGAAGGAGAUCACGGACGAUGCGCGGAACGGUGCAGGCGGCCGAAGCAGGGGCGGGCGAUUGCGAAGCCGACGUGCCCACCUUCACGGGCACCGUCAAGCUCAAGAUUUGCGAAGCCGUUGAACUCAAGCCAACGGAGCUCACCACUCGGCACGCGAAUCUGGUCUGCUCGAGUCCUGACCCGAUGCUGAUAGACCCCUACGUGUCCAUCAACGUCGAUGACAUCCUCGUGAGCCGAUCCAGCACCAAGCAGCGGACGUUCAGCCCCGUCUGGAACGAGUCUUUCACGGCGGAGGUCCGCGACGCCCAAAACCUCGGCCUCGCCGUCUUCCACGCUGCCCUUGCGUCUGACGACUUCGUCGCCAACUGCACCCUUUCCUUGGACGAGUUGGUCAGCUUGGCCAGGGAGCGAGACAGCAACGAAAACGACAUUUGGAUUGACCUGGAGCCGGCUGGGAAGAUUCACAUGGUCGUUCAACUUGUCUCAGCGGAGGAUGCGGAGGUGUCGCGAGAGUCAAGACGGCGGCAGGAACUCGGCCGGCGGCACGCUGCCAUGCGCCGCCGGGUGCACCAGGUCAAUGGCCACAAGUUCAUGGCCACCCUCCUGAGGCAGCCCACCUUCUGCUCCCACUGCAGGGGGUUCAUCUGGGGCUUCGGGAAACAGGGGUACCAGUGCCAAGUGUGCACGUGCGUCGUCCACAAGCGGUGCCAUGAAUCCGUGGUGACCGGGUGCCCCGGCACGAAGGGCGGCCGAAACGACGAGAUGGCGGCGGGUAGCCGGUUCGGCAUCAGCGUCCCUCACCGGCUCGUGGUGCACAGCUACAGGCGGCCCACAUUCUGCGACCACUGCGGCUCCUUGCUGUACGGACUCUGUCGCCAAGGGGUCCAUUGUGAAGCUUGCAGCAUGAACUUUCACAAGCGUUGCCAGAAGAAUGUGGCCAGCAACUGUGGCAUCCAUGCCAUGCAGAUGGCAUAAAUCCUCAGUGCCGUGGGCAUCUUGGGCGACAACCAUGGCAAGGCAAUCUGUGGCUGAGGAAAUUAGUGCACAGCACUUCAAAGCACAUGGAACGCAUUCAAUUGACCACAGCUCUUUGGUAAGAAGAAUCGAGCAUACGAGCAGCUAGCUUUUUGCAUAGUGAUGCUUCUCUCUAGGUUUCUGGGAGGUCACAUAUGAGUUCACAUUUUGUUGGAAGCCCCUUUUCCCAGUGUAGUAACUUACUGAGAAACUACCACAUUGCAGUUAAGAAGAACAAAAAAUUGUGGUAUCUUGCUUUUUUUGCAGCGAUUUUUAACCCAGCCUGCACAGGUGGCUUUUACAUCAUGCCAGCAGCAAGAAGUUUAAUCUAAUGCUUUGAUUUUUUACAUGCUAGUUAGAUUCUAAUGCAGGUCAAGCUGUGCUACAACAGUGGUAGCCUGCAUAAUGCACAGACAGGAUUUUCUUUUUUUUUAAAUUGUGAGGUUUAAAGGUAUGCGGUAACCUUUGUUUGGGGCUUGCCAUAGUGUUAUCAUGUAGACAUUAAUGGUUCCUUGGUAUGGCCUAUUUUGCUAUAGCUUGAGUGAAUCACGAAGAGGUGGCAGGCACCAUAUUAUCAGCAGAUUACAAUUUUUCGUCAGCUAAUUUUGGGGAGAGCACUCAUUUUGAAUGCUAGUGCAAGUAGGGUAACUGCCUCGGAAAACAUCCGUCUCUGGAAUAAGGGCAGAAUUCGUGUAAUAUGGUGAAGUUUCUAGUCUGAAAGUUUGUGCCAGUUUUCUGAAGUUUCAUGAAAGCCCUUGGUAAGUUAGCCAGGGUAUGUAGUUUGGUGUCGCUGGAUCCAAAUGAAUGGAAUUACGGCAAGCAAAGUGAGAUUGUUGUAGGACUGGUCUAGCACCGGCACACUAGCAUUCUCGUAGCACACCUGUGCAAAGAGGUGAAGCACAUGCACCACAAGCACACCUUGCACGGUCUUGCGAUGAAUUAGUCUUGCAUAUUAUUUGAAACUUUGAACUGCACGCAAAAUGAAACUAGCAAAACGAGGAAUUGUAUUUUUGGACGGGAACGAAACCGGAAGCUAUGUAUAAGCUUAUUAAUUUCUGAGCAAAUCCUCUCUUUUUUCGUGUUUGUCUGCAUGCUGUAACCAAUGAAGCAGGUGGCACGUAUGCUCCCGGUGUAUAUGAUGUGAUGUAUUAGCUUCUGAACAGCAGAUACAGUUGCCAAGGGUCUUUUUAUAUUUAUAUGCAUAUUGUGUUUUAUCAGUAUAGUAAGAGAGCAGGCACGUAGCCAGGGUUUUGGUUCGGGGGGGGCCCACCCAUGACAAAAUGCUCUAUGUGGGGGUGGGGGGAGAGAAGGUCCCAGCAAAAUGGAAGAUUUUGGGGGGGGGCACCCCAUGGUGCCUCCUUCCCCCCCCCCCCCCGGCCUGGCUACAUGCCUGUAAGAGAGAAACAUUUAAAUUGCAGUAAUGCUGCAACAGAAGUUGGUUGGUUGGUCGCAGGGAAGCAGACGAAAUUGGUUUUAAAUGUGAUAAAAGAUUUCAUGGACUUUGCCAAAAAAUAUACCUGAAAUUUCCACAGCAGUUCCUAAGCAGUUUGUAAUGAGACAUUUACACACUACAAGGCAGCAAAUAACGGUGUUGCAAUUCAACACCAAUCUGCUCAGCAAUUUCGGCAUCAAUCUUUUACUGUGCCUUAAUUUGCUCUAUUUUAGUUUUGUUAUCCCUAACCUCACUUUAAAGAAAUAAAAAUAACAUGUAAGUUAGUAUGUAUGUCAUGUAUGUUAGCUUUCUUUUCGUAGGACCGCACUAAUAUUGUUAUCUCAUCCGGCCAUCUGGCGUUUCAUUUUCUAUGUUUCAAGACGGGCAUUUUGAGGUUCGAGUUUCUGAGAGAAGGUGACUGGGCAUGCUUAAAUUCGACUACGCGACAAUUUUAUAGCCCAUUCCACUAUACUAGUGCCUUGGAUAAGAAGCAUUCAACGUAUUGUCAUAACAGCUGCCAUCACUAUGGGCCCGUCCAAACAGUAUACUUAAAAUUCGUGGGGCGACACGACUCUGACAUUGGCGGUCCGCUUCCAUCCCCCUUUUCUUUUUUAUGGGGGAAAAGUUCUCUCUGUCAAAUUUUGCCCGUGUCUUCCACGGGGGCCUUGAGCAUGCUCUUCACAUGGGUCCGGACAGCAAUUCACAAGCUCUAUUGGCUGUCGGUCAAUCGCUCAAAACCUCCGUUGCUCCUCAUGUCCCAAAAACGGGAAAGGGAAGAGCUGUGUUCAAAAUCUUACCGAAAUAGAUCCGAGCUAGUCUGGCGGGUCAUGUCAUGUGAUAUCACAGAUACAGCAAAGCUGAACCCGGGUAGGUUUUCGAACGCAAAGGUGCAAAACCCUUACCCCGGCCGGAGCAAGAUUGAGUAAAUUUUGGAACACGUCCAAGACUACGAGGGCCCGGCAGAACAGAUCAAUAGUAUUGGCAGGUGGUGCUCGACUUCAGGCCUGACAAACACCGAGGUCACCGAAAAGCGGAGGAAAUCAGCAGGAAAAUCAUGAUGGUGGCUUGGUGGUGUUCAAACGGACAGCCGGACGCCUCAACUUCCACGAUUUUUGCCGGAGUCGUGUUGCCUCACGAUUUCUGAAGUGUCCUGCAUUUUGUGGUAUUGCAACCUUGUAGACCAUCCAUUUGAAAAUGCACGAGGCUUUUGAUACAAGGGUUCUUUUCUGGCCUGGACAUUUUUACCGUGCGCUUGCAUUUGUAUCACUCCACUGCAAUGUAUCUUAUACUAUACACGCAGUGCUGUGUAUUUGAGAUAUGUUCUUUCAUGCAAAUAAAUGCUUAUUUUGCGAGGGA